AUGGCGAAACGUCCCAUUUCUGAUGUCGUCGCUGGAGACGACGCGAUUGAAACACCUGAGCUAUCUAGGAAGAAAAGCAAAAGGGACAAGAAGGAAAAGAAAGACAAGUCCAAGAAGUCGAAUGCGACUGAAGCAAUUGAGAGCAAUGGCAAGAGCAUAGAAGACUCGGACGACGAGGGCUCGGAGGAUGAUGAGGGCCUAUCCAAGGCAGAGCGAAAGGCCAAGAAGAAGGAGAAGAAGAGGAUCAAGAAGCUAGAAAAGAAAGCAGCAGGGGAGGCAGACAAGUCUGUCGAUAAAGCCGACAAGGCCGCGCGCAAGGCAGAGAAGAAGCGUCUGAAGGCUCUAGCAGAAGGCUCAUCUACAGAAUCUGCUUCUACAGCGCCCUCUGGCACAACUCUCAUGGUCGAGUCGUCAGCGACGAGCCCUGAGCCACCGGUGCAGGCGGGAGAAUACCAGGAGAGCAAAGAGCUGGCGCAAUUGCCGCAGUCGGAGAUUGACGCCUUUCUUACCAAGAAUGUCAUGACCAUCGAGGACCCCAAGCCUGCCCUCCAUAAACUUCGACCCAUUACUUUAUUCAAAUACCUCAACAUCGAUGCGUCGCAACGAGCCUUCUUCGCCAAAUUCACCGCUCCAACACCUAUACAAGCAGCGACAUGGCCAUUCUUGCUCUCCGGCAGGGAUAUGGUCGGAGUUGCUGAGACGGGAUCCGGCAAGACAUUGGCGUUUGGUGUGCCCUGUGUACGCUACAUCUCCUCACUUCCAAAGGAGAAGCGCAAGGGCAUCAAAGCAGUUAUUGUCUCGCCUACUCGUGAACUGGCUGUUCAAAUCUACGACCAAUUGGUAGCAUUGGCGAACCCAGCUGGCUUGGAAGUGGUCUGCGUCUAUGGUGGUGUGCCGAAAGACCCGCAGGUCGCUGCUUGCCGUAAAGCGCAUAUCGUAGUCGCCACACCAGGACGACUUAAUGAUUUGAUCGGCGACGGCUCUGCAGAUCUCAGCAAAGCUGAAUACGUGGUACUCGAUGAAGCCGACCGUAUGCUUGACAAGGGUUUCGAGGAGCCCAUCAGGCAGAUUGUUUCACAAACACCUAAGAAGCGCCAGACCCUCAUGUUUACAGCCACAUGGCCCCCUUCUGUGCGCGAGCUUGCCUCGACAUUCAUGAACUCGCCCGUGAAGAUCACUAUUGGCGACAAUGUCUCGGGCGAACUCCGUGCGAACGUGCGCAUCAAGCAAGUGGUGGAAGUCAUCGACCCUCACGCCAAGGAGCAGCGCCUCAUUCAGUUGCUGAAGCAAUAUCAGUCUGGCAAGAACAAAGAUGACCGUAUCCUCGUCUUUUGCUUGUACAAGAAGGAGGCUGUACGGAUAGAAAACUUUAUCCGCAUGAAGGGCUUCCGCGUGGGUGGAAUCCAUGGUGAUUUGACGCAGGAGAAGCGUAGUGCUUCGUUGGCGGCCUUCAAAGAGGGACAUGUGCCACUUUUGGUAGCGACGGAUGUUGCCGCAAGAGGUCUGGACAUUCCAGCUGUCAAGGUGGUCAUCAAUGUCACUUUUCCGCUCACGGCCGAGGACUAUGUCCACCGAAUCGGCAGAACGGGUCGUGCCGGGAAAGAGGGUCUGGCCAUUACCUUCUUCACAGAGCACGACAAGGGUCUUUCCGGAUCCUUGAUCAACGUGCUCAAGGCCGCGAAUCAGCUCGUGCCUGAAGAGCUAAUGAAGUUUGGUACUACCGUCAAGAAGAAGGGUCACGAUGCCUAUGGAGCUUUCUACAAGGACGUGGAUAGCACAAAACAGGCGACCAAGAUCACCUUUGACUAA